GGCGCGGCGGCCUGGCUCGCGGCGCUGGUGGCGGUGGGCGCGUGGCGUGGCGCCGCCGGCGGGUGCGGCGUGGCGGAGUUCGCAUGCCGCAGCGGCGCGUGCGUGCGUCUCGAUGCGUACUGCGACGGUGCUGCGCAGUGCGCGGACGGCAGCGACGAACCGGCGCCGUGCACGCCCUGCAACCGCACCUACUACGGGCGCGCUGGCGUCGCGUACGCGCUGGCGGUGCGCGGUGGCGCGCGCGCUCCCUUCUUGUGCCACCUGACGUUUACGGCGGGCGGCGGCGCGCACGGUGACCUGGUGCAGCUCGCGUUCGACGAGUUCCGUGUGGGACGGUACGAGCCGUCCGCGCUUGACGGAUGUCCGGACGGGUACAUGCAGCUGUCGGAGCUGGGGCGGCCGUUCACGGGUGGCUCGUGGUGCGGCGAGGCGGAUGGCGCCGCGCUCUACUACAGCGAGACUGCCACCGUCACCGUGUCCGUGAAGCUGUUCCGUGUGCGACUCGGCGAGCCGUUUGGGUUUCGGCUGCGGUACAAGUUCCUGUCACAGCGCGAGGCGGUGGUGCGGUUCGGUGCGCUGGAGGCACCGCUGGAGCGCGGCGCGGUGUCUCCUGGCACUUACUGCACACGCACCUAUGAGGACUGUCACCGCAAGGCUUGCCGCCUGCAGAGUCCCAACUACCCCGGCAUGUAUCCUAGGAAUGUGACUUGUUACUGGAGCCUCCGACAGAAAGCCAUCCCCACAUGCAAGCACGCUAUGAUAUCAGUACGGCAAGAAUAUGCACACAAGAUGCAGAUCAAGCGAUCCAUAUCCAUGGCCAGUCUCAACAAGACCGGGCGGGCGGUGCGCGCCUGGCGCGAGUGCACCGGGGAGCGCGACCGACUGAUCUUCUACGACGGCGCCAGCACCGAUGAUCCCGUGCUGGUGGAGUACUGCGGCGGGGACUGGCUGCCGCGCGUCACCUCCCGCGGGCCUGAGAUGCUGGUCGCGUUCCACUCGUCGCCGUUUAGCGCGCCGCUACGCCCCGCCGCGCCGGCCGCUCCGUUGCGCGGCUUCGAACUAGACGUUGACGUAGUGUUCGCCGACUCCGACUCUCUCGACUACGCUAGGGAGGCGAGGCGCUGCGAGUUUCAUGUGAAGGCGUCUUCGUCUGAAGACGAGACGAAUUCGACAACUGCAGCGGGCGGGCGCGGGCGGCGCGGUCGGCUUCGCGCGCCGGCACACACUCUGCCACCGAACACGACGUGCACCUGGACCUUCCACGGUCGACCAGGUGAUCUCGUGUGGAUAUACUUCUCGAGCUUCACGCAAUACUCCCUGGUGGAGCCGCGACGCGUUGAGAGUGCUGAACGUGAGGAAGAUAGCGGAGCAGGGGCCAUUGCGACUCGUGCGACUAGCGGCGACGUGGCGCCAGGCGCCUGCGCCGUGGAGCUGCGCGUGUGGGACGGUGGCGGGGAGGGCGAGCCGGGCGCGCGGGCGUUGGGGCGCUACUGCGACGCCGCGCCCGCGCUGUGUGCUCGCGCUGCUCUCGCCAACGCCACGCGCUCACCGCGCCCGUGCGCGCCGCCCGACGGUUAUGUGUCCGCAGCAUCGUUACUGGCGCUGGCGGUCACCUCGCGGCCCGGCACCGCUACGCACCCUCUGGCGUUUGCGUUACAUUAUGAGUUUGUGGAUGCUCGGCUAGAGGGUUCCGCGCUACAGGAUGACGGCGUGGGAACGCGUGCGGCGCCAGCGGAAUGCGCUCGGCGGCUGAGCGUGCCGGGAGAAUUUGCAUCGCCGCGGAAUGCCUUGUGGUUUGGCCGCGGCGGAGCGCGGCGAAUACGCUGUGUAUACCGGUUGGAGGCGGAAGGCGCCCGUGUGCUGUUGGAGCUACACACGGCGACGUUCGGCCGCGAGCCGCGCUGCUCCACGCGCGCGGAUCCGCUCACCGGGCGACCCGCGUGCGUGCCCGAGCCAACUGAGCCACGAUCGCCCGAUGCUGAAGAAGACGACGACACUCCCGCUGACUUCGAUGGUGACGACGACGCUCCCUUACGUGUCCCUCACUUGAAGAUGUAUGAAACGCCGUGGCCUGGCUACAGGGUGCCGAUAGCGUGCAUCUGCGACAAUGGCAGCACGCCGCUGCGGCUGGAGGUGAGCGGCGGCGCACUAGAACUAGAGCUUGUGGCACGCGCAUUGUUACCUGCCGAGGAUCAUAGGCACGUACAGUUUCGCGGCGCAUGGUCGCGCACGCAGGCGCCACACUGCGCCGUCCGCCGGCGGUUGCCGCCGCCCGGCGCGCGACUUCAUCUCGUCUACCCAUACAGCGGUAACAGGAUAUCUGAGUGUGGUGAAACACCUUUCUUGCUGGCGGCGCGCGGCAACCGGUCUGUAUUCCUGCGCGUGUGGGGUGAGGAAUUGCCGCAACCAGCGCCGGGCGCCGACCCACCGCCGUGCCACACCACCAAUCGUGUGCUUGUAUACGACGCACAUUCCGCGCGGUUGGUGCGUGCGAUCUGCCCGGGCGGUGACAGUCGGACCGUGCACGUAUUCACGGAGGAAUGGUGGGGCCGUGGCGGGAGCCGGUCCGGGCGUGGAGCAGCUCUGCUGGUGGUGUGGGCAGCUCGCGAAGUGGGUACCGCGCGGCUGGCCUGGAUGGAAGUGUGGCGCGCCGGACCGCCUGCCACUCCGGGCGGCGCGUGGCCCAACGCGAGCGCGGCGUGUGCACACCCGUGCGCCGCGUUGGGCGCAUGUAUGGCGGGCGCGCUGUGGUGCGACGGCGCGGCGGACUGUCCCGGCGGCGGCGAUGAGCAGGGCGCGUGCGGUGCGGGCGCGCGGCUGUUGGCGGCGCUGGGUGCGGGAGGCGCGGCUGGCGCGGCGGCGGCGGCGGCUUGCAGCGGGGCCGCGCUGCUCGUGCUGGUGGCGCUGGGGGUGCGGCGGCGGCGACGCGCCGGCGCCGACAAGCGGUUGUUGGGCGCGCUGGCGGCGGGCCGGCGUCUCACCGAGGAACUGCUGUACGACGCGUCGCGCGCCUCCUCGGCCGCAUCUUCCUGA